GAGGGCCCGGCCGCGAAGACUGCCGAACAGUGGCAGGUGUUUUGGCGGAAGGAGGUAUUUCUCUCCCGCCGAGAUGCCGCCGCAGCUUCCGCAAGUCAAAGCGGCACGGGUGGAGGCCGUCUGCCCGGCCUUCGUGGCCGUGUCCUCGCCUUGGUUGGCACCUCCACGGUGACGGGAGUGUGCGAGCCAUUCUUCCAACCGCUCGACGAGCAGCCCGCCAUGGAGGUGACCGUGGGUACGCAAUCUGUGGGCACCACCGCUGGCACAAGCGGCCUUUCACGUGAAAGAGCACUGCAGCAGCCAGAAGUGGUGGUCCCUGCCGAGCCACUGCCCCGAAGCCCUCCAGCUACUGCACAGCCUGCAGCUGGCCCUGGCGGAGUGAGAACCAGCUACCAACCCCGCAUGCAGCGCCGGUUUCGUGGCCCUCGUCGGGUAUCCCGCCGGGAGGCCUUGGUCCAACGCCUCGCCGACGACUACGCUAGAAGCGUCGUGCAGAACGACGAGACAAACGAACUUCUUCGUGGUAUCCGCCAGGGCGUGGACCGGCUCGCUGCAGCUACUGAGCGGGUCGUGGCUGCUGUUGAGCGGCAGGCUGACCAAGUUGCUGGGCCAGCUUUCACAGCUCCUGGGCCAGCUAAUGCAAGAGGCAGUGGCUGCAAGGGGGCAGUAGAAAAUUGGAAGUUUUAUUAUUUAUUACUUUUAUUCUUUUUAUUAUUUAAUAUUAUUCGUUCAUUAUAAUAACUUUGACCUCGUUUUGUACAUUUAAAUAUUUUUUUUACUGAUCUCUAAACUUUGAGAUGUUACUCGAAGAUAGCAGAAAUAAAAUAGUUACCUUAUUUCCGUUAUGUGCACAAGAAAUUGCAUACUAUUUCAGUAACUUUAUCUUUAGUAUGUUUUAGUAUUUUUUAGCAAGUAUCAUUAAUAUGUUUAGGGUGUUUCAGUCAUACGAGUUAGAUGGCAGUCAUGCUAGCGUUGCUCUUUCUGUACUCUGUGUUGUUACACUGAGGUCCAAUUUUUUUUCUUGCAAGGUUCCAUAUCCAGCGUCUACCUGAAAUCACCAGAUGGCUGCUUUAGAAUUGUGUUAGACAUUACAUAUAGUGAAGCUCACUCGAAUGGAAAUCAUUAUUUGGCGCCUGACGGGGAUUCUCCAGCAAACAGCUAAUGCCUUGUACGCGGAGAAAAACAGUAUUAGUCAUAUUGUUUUCAACUAGGUCAUGUUAUUCCUGCCAUUUAUAUCGAAGUACAGAAUGCUAGUCAGGCUUGCGUGAUGUUUUAUUUGUAUGUUUACCACUUUUAUAAUGAGAGGGUAAUAAGUGUUACAUGAAGCACUUCUGGCUAGCCACAUAGGCUCCUGCUGUGGUAUUUUUUUGCUACUACUUCCAUGUAACUUUAUAUAUGCUAAGCUGCAGCUAUGGAGUGCAUUACUGUACUUGAUACUGAAGAGUAGUUCAAGGUGCUGUGAUAUGUGACAUACACACGUCCUGCAGGCUUCCUGCUACAGCAGCACGUUAGUCCAGCUCAUUGUGACAUAUUUCAUCACUGUUACUACUUCAGAAAUGUUGUAUGUGGGGUGUAUCUUAAUGCAGAACAUGUAGUGGCUGACAUUUAUCUGUAUUUUUUUUUGUGACACGAGCAUGUUUACAAAGUUGAAGCCAUGGAGUACAUUAAAGUAAUACCAUUUCCUUGAGCUACACCAUGUCUUGGCUUUACUCCAUGCUGGCUGAAUAUACUACAUGAACAAUGUGCCCGUUGCAGUGGGAAACGAAAUGUUCUUCUGAAGUUUCAAUCUAGCUACCCAGCUGGCUACAGGGAUGGACAAAAAUGUCGAAAUGGCACGACAUGUCUUCGUGCAAAACCUACCUCUGUCUGUCUUGUUUUCAAAAUUCCCUGUUAUAACAGUGUGUCAUUUUGUAUUUUGUGUUUCUAGUUGUUUAAGAAUAAA